UCGGAGGGAAAAAUUUGGUGAACUUUUGAUCUUCGCUUGAAAUUUAGGGAAAGAGAGUUACCUAGGACUAAAGUUAGUUACAGAAUCUUUAAAACAAGCUUAUCUUUACUCAAUCAUUUUACAAGGAGCGUUUUUACGAAGACGUUUGGACAUGUCCCCCGUUUCGGGGGUUGAGAAACACGCGUACGACACAACGUGAUAUUUUGGGUAGAAGAUCAAAGAGAGGCGUAUAUUUGCUGAAUACUGAAAGAUGUCUUCGCCUGUGGUUUGUGCGUUUCUUUUCAGGUGGAUUCUCCCACUCGUUUUGCUUGGAGCUUGUUGUUUCAGAUUUAAUGGAUUCUCUGUUAUCUACUUAUGCUGCCUGUUAGCAGUUCCUCUUCUUCCCAAUCCAUCACGAGCUUUAGGCCCCACAGGACAUUUUCAGAAGACCCUUCUUGGCCUAUCAGUGUUUGCCUUGAUGGCACAGAUUGCAUUCCAGAUAGUCUUAGCAGCAUUACCACCAUAUGGACAUUUCUUUCCAAACUGUUCUAGGUAUGAGCAACUUACCAGGCAAAUUGGACUCA